AUGAUCCCGGCCGGAAUUCGGCUGGAUCUGUUCCAUGGCGCUGCUCAACUUCCAAAUGAGGUGCGCAUCCCGCUGGUCAAGACGAAAAACAUGGUGGACAGUAUGGAGUACAGCGCACAUAUCAAUGCUCGACCGACCGAAGCUUUAGACAUACCUGGCCACGAGUCUCGCGAAGAAGGUCGUCCCGUCAGUGGCGAGGUUUCGUGCGGUCGGCCGGUGCGCAUCAGACUGACGAACAUUUCGGAACAGACAGCUUACGUUCCAGCGUUCGAUAGAAUGGCCAUGUUGGUUCCGAUCGGAGAUCUGCCGCGAGGCGAGAGCUACGUGCGUUCGGAUUCCAAGAAGUACAAGGAUUGGCAAGUGCUUGCCUACGAAAAUUGUCUCGACCAACAACUAUUCAGACGGGAGUUCGAACACUAUGAACAAUGUCUGGCAACCCAACCUCCAUCGGUUGAGCGGCGAACAUAUCCGACACCAACUGAUGUCAUGAAGAGGUCGUCUGAGGACGCGCUAGACGCAUCAGCAGAUCGUCUGACGUGUGCCGAGCGUUGGGAGAAGAUUUUGGAGCAACGAGAGCGAGACGAAGGUCGCCUAGAUUCUUGGAUGACAAACGAGGACACGUUCGAGAUCCGAUUCUCCGGGACCCGUCGGACUGCGGUUCAGCAAGCGAUGGUGACGACAGCGGUACCAACGAAGAGUCGGCCGAGCGCCUACAUGAACUACGAGGUGAAACAAAGGAAAUAA